CAGGUCACAUUAUUUUCAGUAGUACCGUCAAACAGACUAAGUGAAUUUAUCGAUUUAUACUUUAGAAUUAAAUGGAAUUAUGGCAGACGUCGUUGAACCACUAACUUUGUCCAGAGAUGUAAAAAGAUCAAUAGAGCUGCUAGAGAAGCUGCAAGCGAGCGGCGACUUUCCAACUACCAAGCUAGCUGCUCUGCAGAAGGUGCUAAGCUCAGACUUUAUGACUUCUGUUCGAGAAGUUUAUGAACACGUAUAUGAAACGGUUGAUAUCCAAGGAUCACAUGAUGUUCGUGCAUCUGCGACAGCUAAAGCAACCGUUGCUGCGUUUGCAGCCAGCGAGGGUCAUGCGCACCCCAGAGUAGUCGAACUGCCGAAAACAGAAGAAGGCUUGGGUUUCAACGUAAUGGGAGGCAAGGAACAAAAUUCUCCAAUUUACAUAUCUCGCAUUAUACCGGGAGGAGUUGCGGAUAGACAUGGAGGUCUCAAAAGAGGCGAUCAAUUGCUGUCAGUCAAUGGUGUGUCUGUAGAAGGAGAAAACCACGAAAAGGCAGUUGAAUUGUUAAAGCAAGCAAUCGGUUCAGUGAAGCUUAUAGUUCGUUACACACCAAAGGUUCUUGAGGAGAUGGAAAUGCGUUUCGAUAAGCAACGUAAUACACGCCGCCGUCAAUAAUCCAUUUUUAACAAAUAAAAAUAAAUUUUAAUUGAUCUGUGUUCAAAUCAAACCCUUAUAUUAACAUAAAACUCUGUUGAUUGUUGUUCGAAUAAAAGGACAUCAUUAGCUAUAAUAAUGUUUCUAAAAUUUUUGAUGUUUCUAUUUAGUUCAUUAUUUUAUUUGUUUGUUUGUACAGUAGGCUGUGCCAAAAUUUGACCAAUAAAUUAAUUUUUUGUUUUUUCAA